AUGGGUAAAGGAAAGCCUCGUGGUCUUAACGCCGCCCGCAAGCUGCGGGACAACCGCCGCGAGCAGCGGUGGUCUGACCUGCACUACAAGAAGCGUGCUUUGGGCACUGCUUUCAAGUCGUCUCCCUUCGGUGGCUCUUCCCACGCCAAGGGAAUUGUUCUCGAGAAGGUCGGUGUUGAGGCCAAGCAGCCCAACUCUGCCAUUCGGAAGUGUGUCCGUGUGCAGCUGAUCAAGAACGGCAAGAAGGUCACGGCUUUCGUCCCCAAUGACGGUUGCCUGAACUUCGUGGACGAGAACGACGAGGUCCUCCUGGCUGGUUUCGGUCGCAAGGGCAAGGCCAAGGGUGAUAUUCCCGGUGUGCGCUUCAAGGUCGUCAAGGUGUCCGGUGUCGGUCUUCUGGCUCUGUGGAAGGAGAAGAAGGAGAAGCCAAGAUCUUAA